AUGUCCAAUAUCAAAAAUCUCUUAGAAAUCAGUACACGUCAUCUCGCGCGUGGGAUUUUACGUAAAUCCGAAUUGGUGGUGGAUAGAGCACGUGGGGUGUGGAUAUGGACAGUUGAUGGAAAAAAAUAUCUGGAUUUUACUACGGGAAUUGGUGUUACCUCGACAGGUCAUAAUCAUCCAAAAGUUGUUAAAGCUGUGCAAGAUCAAGUGGCAAAUUUGAUUCAUGGACAAGUCAACAUCGUUCUCCACAAACCGAUGCUUGAUCUCAUCACAAGAUUGAUUCCCAUGAUGCCCUCACGAGAGCUUGAUUCGUUCUUUUUCGCGAAUUCUGGAGCCGAAGCUGUCGAAAAUUCGAUCAAACUGGCAAGAGCCGCGACGAAAAAACAGAAUAUUAUUGUGUUUCAAGGAUCAUUUCAUGGCAGAACUAUUGGUACUUUGGCACUUACUAAUUCGAAUACGAUUUAUAAAGCAGGUUAUGGUUCAUCAAUGCCAGGAGUACACGUUGCACCAUAUCCAUACUGUAUACAAUGCCCAGCUCAUCAAGCAUCACCAAAAACCUACAACACAACUAACUGCUGCUCUUAUCCAAUUACGCAACUACAACUACUUCUAAAGCAACAAACAGCACCACAAGAUACAGCUGCUGUAUUAAUAGAACCAAUACUAGGCGAGGGCGGAUACGUAGCUCCACCCGCAAAUUUUCUCGGUGAAGUACGCAAAAUUUGCACGGAAAAUAAUAUCUUAUUGAUUGCUGAUGAAGUGCAAAGCGGAUUUGGUCGUACCGGGAAAAUGUUUGCUGUAGAACAUUAUAACGUAGUGCCGGAUAUUAUGGUGAUGGCUAAAGGUAUUGCUAGUGGGUUUCCGUUGAGUGCUAUUGCUGCGAGGAAAGAGUUAACCGAUACACAGGCUCCUGGGAGUAUGGGCGGAACUUAUGUCGGUAAUCCUGUAGCAUGUGCUGCAGCUAGUGCAACAUUAGACGUUAUCAAAGAAGAGCAACUAUUUGAAAAUUCAACCAAAAUCUCUGUCGACAUUCGUGGUCUUGGUCUAAUGAUCGGAAUCGAAUUUCAAAAUGCGCCACCAGGAUUCGCCGCUGCUAUCACAAAAGAAGCUCUAGAGGAACAUAAUUUAAUCUUGUUAACUGCCGGCAUCUCUGAAAUACUGCGUUUAAUUCCACCACUGAAUGUCACUAAGGAAGAGGUUGAAGAUGGUAUGCAGAGAUUUAAUAAAACUGUGAAAUCGGUGGUUGAAAAAUGGCGAUCGGAAGGAAAGUUACAGUGA